CUUGGCCGCCCGACAAAACGUCUCUCGCCGUCUGCGCGUCUCUUCCCCACCGAGGCUGAGGCGGCGUUCCGCAGCGAUGCUGCGCCUUCAACAUCAUUUCUUGUCCUCCAUCGGCGCGUCCUCCCAUCGCCACUGCAGCCUCCUCUCUAUUGCUACCACUGCCAUUACUCCCGAUCGAUUCGUCGCUGAGGAAUACCUGGUCACCACCUGCGGGCUCACCCCAGCGCAAGCGGGCAGGGCGUCCAAGGGGCUCACCCACCUCAAGUCUCCGGUUAAGCCCGACGCCGUCGUCGCCUUUCUCGCGGGCGUCGGUCUCGCCAAAGACGACAUCAUCGCCGGUAUCGCCAGGUACCCGCGGCUCCUCUGCUCCAAGGUGGACAAAACCCUAACCCCUCGCUUCGCUCAGCUCAUGAGCCUUGGGCUAUCCCCUUCCCAAAUCUCCCGCCUCAUUACCAUCGUCCCCAACAUCUUCGUCGCUCCCAAAAAGAUCUCCCACCUCCAGUUCUAUCUCUCCUUCAUGGGUUGCUUCGAUCGGGUUCACUCCGCCAUCAGGAUCAAUCCAAUGCUCCUCAGUCGGAACCUUGAGGAUGUGGUCAAGCCUAACAUAGCAUUCCUACUGCAGUGCGGUCUAACUGUUUCUAAUGUUCUAGAGUUCCCAUUGCUGAUAGGCAUGAGGCCCGAGAGUGUCAGGGAAAGGGUGGCAUGCGCUGAGAAGCUUGGUGUGCCGCGCAAUACAGGGAUGUUCAAGAGUGCCCUGUGGGCCGUCUAUUGCGUUGGUCCCAACUCCAUUGGUGCAAAAUUGGAUGUCAUCAAGGCGACUCUUGGAUGCUCUGAGGCGGAGCUGACCCUUGUGGUGCGCAAGUCACCUCCAAUUCUGAGGAUGUCAGAAGGCAAGCUGAGUCGCGCAUUGAAGUUCCUGAAGGUGGAUGUUGGGUUGAAGCUUCAGUACAUCUUGCUUAGGCCAGCAAUACUUGCCUUUAGCAUGCAGAGGCGGCUGAUGCCCAGACAUUAUUUCAUCAAGAUUCUGAAGGCGAAGGGGCUUGUGAAGGAAAAUGUUGACUUUUAUAAUGCUCUUUGUUUAACUGAAAAGAGAUUUGCCCAGAAGUUUAUUGAUCCUUACAACCAGAGUAUUGCAGGGCUUGCAGAUGCUUAUGCUGCUGCUUGUGCUGGGAAAAUGCCUCAUGAAGAUUAGGCGCAUUAGCAGCAGCAUGCUAGGGAUCAUGGUGAAGCAAAGGCAGAGAUAGUCGGUUCAGGUCUUCUCUGCAUGUACUUGAACAGCCCCUCGCCAAACUAUUGUGCAGUUCCUUGAUGCAUACCAAUGCUUGCAACAGAUGCUGCCUUUGUGUGUUGAAAUGAAAUUAGUUCUUCCUUAAGACCGGUGUUGUGACCUAUCAUUUCAGGUAAGCCAUUGGCUAUUUUCAGAUGGGUAUAAUGAUAUGUUACUCUGUUCUUUCUGUGUUUCAGGUCUAAAUAUUGUCUGUACUUGAAGUCUUGAAUUAAUUAUGUAUUGAACUUGUCACACAGUUAAUUAUUUGAUUUAA